GGCCGAGCCGGAAAAGGACCAGCCUGCCGGAAAGGGAGGGGCCACGCGCUCGAAGUCCUUCGCGCCGCUCUCACGUCAGCAGAAGAGGGCGGAAGUGCGGGCUGCAGGAUGCGGUUCCUAGUUGCGUUGCUCCUGCUAAGUGUCGCAGUGGCGGAUGUGCCAGACGCCACCACAAAUAACGAUAAUCCUCUGAUCCAGUCUUCUAAAGAUAAAGACUCCAGCCAGGACCCCAAGUCCCCGCCUCAUGAGAAGAAAACGGAUCCUAAGCCGGGAGAGCCUGGCGGGCAGACGGGGCAGAGGCAGCAGCCCACUGUCGUAGGCCCGAAAGAGCCGGUGGGGUCGACUAUGGCCGCAGUUCCCAGUUCGGCGGGAUCUGGACAGCAGGUCGCUGCAACCAAUGCCCCCAACACAAAGGUGGAUAAUCCCCCAAAGCAGCCCAAGACAGCAGGUACCGCGUCAACGGGAUCUGCACAGCCUCGCCCGACACCCGAGCCCAAACCGGAGGGAUCUGGGCAGAAGUCCACAAAAGAUGAUUCAGACAAGCCCACAAAAGUUGCUCCGAACAAGCCCAUCUCCACACUCUCCUCAGAUAAGGAGACCGACAAGACUGACAAAACCGAGCUGGCUGGAGAAGAACAAAAACCAACGCCGACUUCCAAAACUGAAUCUGGGGAGAGACCCGCAGGGGACUCUGACUUCUCUUUAAAGCCAGGGAAGUCUUCAGAGCCUACUGAAGCUGUGGAGACCAACGAGACUGAAGAGGGUGAUACAGAGCCAGAAGAGGAGGGCUCACCGCUUGAAGAAGAUAACGAAAAGGCUCUCGACCCGUCCUCCAGUGAGAACCGAGAGGAGACACUUAGGGAGAAGGAUGAGUCUUACAAGGACAAUUCUGGAAACACCAGUGCAGAGAGCAGCCACUUCUUUGCAUAUCUGGUGACCGCAGCUGUUCUUGUUGCUGUCCUCUAUAUUGCCUACCACAACAAACGGAAGAUUAUUGCUUUUGCCCUAGAAGGAAAAAGAUCCAAAGUCACUCGGAGGCCAAAGGCCAGUGACUACCAGCGUUUGAACCUAAAGCUUUGAUUAUUUUUUUUUGUCUGCAAGAACCUUGUCCUCCCUGCUGAUUUGUUUCUGAAUCAAGAGAAAUGAAAAGACUGAGCUCCUCUGGGGUUUGGUGGCAAGUCUGGGCUGGCCGAGACAGGAUUGCUUCAGGUUUUGCACCUGCACUUUGGUGACAUUGUACUCGAGUGAUGUUUUAUUUGCUUUUGUGUUCUCUUUAUGCUGGUGUGUUCCAUCAUCCUUUCUUCUUUGGAGUGUGAGGAGGGAGUAUGUGGAAAACAUUACUGUGACCAAAGGAAAACCCCACCCUAGGCAGGCCACACAAUGGACCACCCUCCAGUAGCAUCUUUAUCUUUGCAACUCUAGUAGGGAAGCUGCGGAGGGGUGCUUUCUAGACAGAACGUAGAAGAUGGUGGGUGGGAUGCUGAAGGGCAGAGAGAGGUUUGAACACAUACUCUACAGCGGCCUCAGCUGCAAACCAGAAUAGCAGGUUUAAAGAGUGUUAAAGGUUGAUCUAUCUUCUGAUGGUCUGUAUGUUUUUCUGAAAGUGUGCACUCUUUGGUUCUACCAGCAUAAAAGGGAACUCGCAGUUUCUGAAAGUAAAAUCACUGUUCCAUGGGCUUUUGCUUUGUUUUGCUUAAUAUGAUGAUGAUCAUUGAACCAGUGUGAUCUUGCAUACAGACAUCACAAUAGGAAGGAACUCCUUGGAAAAGGGCAGGUUCAUACUUUGUGGAAGAAAACACAUAGGAGGGAUUUGUUCUGUAUGAAAGAGGUUUUCCACAAACUCCCAUUUUGCCUUUAUUGCCUAUAGUAACUAGCUAGACAGGUAGAUAUUUAAGAACUAAUUACACUCUCCACAUUUUUCCUUGAUGUUCCUCUCUUCCAAGAUGCCAAGGUAAUGAGUAAAGUCUUUUCUCUCCUGUGACAUCUGGUCAUGAAACUGUAAGAAACCAAGUAGGUUCCCUGACAUAACUGAGGAUGUCUUGGAUUAUGCUGUCUAAAGUUUUAUUCCAGUCUGUGUGGUCACACCUAAAGAGUGAAGAGUCAGCUAAUCUCAGGGAUAUGGAAAGAAUGGGAAGAGGGACAAUAUGAUGGGAGAAGUCAGUCUGAAGAAGAAAUAAUGUGGAGUUCUUUGCCUGUGCUGACUGCAGCAUGUGCUUGAAGUUUGUAUUCUUUGCAGGUUGUCUUCUGGAAAUAUCAUUGCUAACGUUCUCUCAACUGUGUCCAAGUCUUCUAUUACCUUUUCCCAAGUUGAGGAAGCCUUUCUCAGUCUCCUCCAACUUUCCCUAACACCUCGUUAGCUCCUCCUUCCCAUUUUCUCUUCCUCUUUAGACCUGUUUGUGCACCCCUGCAUGCUUCCCUCCAGCCUGUACUCGUGCCCAUACCUACCCUGUUCCAGUUGCUGUUGCUUCCAUUAUCUUGCCUCCUUUUCCUGACGUUUACAGACCCACUUUGGUCUGUUUUCCUCCUGUUUCUCAAGGUUACUCAUUUAAUCAGAAUCUCCAUAUUCAACAGCUCAUUCUCAUACCUUGUUCUUGACACUUGGUGUAAUAGUGGAUACUGGGAUCCAUGCAUGUUGACAUUCUGGGUGUCUCUCCCAGUUUUUCCUUUGCAUUAUGGUGGGAGGGAAAGAAGGUGCCCAAAGCCAGGUCUCUAUGGCUUUGACUAUCUACUCAACAAAUCCUUCUGUUCUUUAUCCUCUCUGUGACUCUCAUCUUUAUCUUUGGGAUCUUGGGAACCCUACUUCCCAGGAACCCAUUUCUAUAUGUUCAAUAAUUCAGCCACAUUGUCUGGUUGUAAUCCAAUCAGAAUUUCCCCUUUGUACCUGUCAAGCUCUUCUACCUAUUGUUCAAUUUCUUUAGUCAUCUGAAAACACCACACUGCAAACUAAUAACAUUUUUCUUAUCGCAGAAGCCCCCCCAUCCUUUUUUUCUUAAUACUAAACAUACUCUCCAUUAAUUUUUCAGGAAUCACCCGAAUUGGGUCUCCUGACCUUUUCUUUGGAAACAUUGAUCUUCCCAGAAUGUGUGCUCUGGUCUGAAGCUUCUGUCUGAAGUUGUAUUCUAGACUAGAUUCCUUGGCCUCAUCAUUCACGGCCACACUCCCUCUCUGCUUCUGCCCUCAUCAUGCCCUCUAUUCCAGCUUCUGGUGGUCGCUCUGUGGUUAGGCUUCCCCUCCUCUCAGCUUACCCAGGUCCAUGUGUUUUGAAGGACUCAGCUCACAUGUUAUGUUCCUUCCUAGCUUUAUUGGCAGAUUGGCUUUUUCCAUUCCACACAGAUAGCUCUUCUCUUCACCCUCCUCCUGUAUCUUCAGUGUGACUAGUUCUGAUGUUUCUAAGCCCUGAGAGACAGCCAUUGGCAUUGUUAUAUCUGCCUAGUGUUGUGUAUGCCCCCAGGGACUUCAGGGGUCAAAUUUCUUUUUGGAGGUGUAACUGAAACCGGGGCUCUCACAGCUCUAAUCCUGGCUACUGGCUCUAUGACCUUAUACUUGUCGACUUUUGCUCUUGAAGGGCAGGAAGAUUGAUUUUCAGGAAUCAAGAUUGACAGCGAGAGGACAACAACAGUCUACAAAGCCUCACCUCACCCCUUUGGAUUGUUGACAAAUGUUUCUUGUGCUGGCAGAGUACAGUGGAAUGUUUCACUCGGAAAGUUGCGCUGUAAGGAGAUAGCUCCUACCAAAGAAAAGUCAUUUUCAGGAUUAGUUUUUAAAGGUAGAAUACUUGAAGCUUAUUUUCCUAGAGUGUGUAGAUGAUGGCCCAGAUGAGGCACCAGGGGCUGGGCUGGCAUGUAGGAAGCACAGGAAGCCACAAGUAGCAUUUCUGUAGACUAUUCUGAGCUUGCCCGCCUGCUCAGCUUUGGCUGAAGGACAAUUUCUUAAGGGGAACCUGCUUGUCAUAGAUGUUAACAGUUUGUUUUCCUGCUAUGUAUUAUGGAAGCCACUUCUGGACCAAACAACCAACUAAGUGUGCAAACAUGUUCUUCCCUGGAGACAGAGCUCUGUGCCCUUCUGAGCCCCCUGGCAAUAGAGAAGCUCGCUUUUCUUUCUUCUCUGGAGGCCUGGCGUGCUUUGCUCAUGCCGAGCCUUGCGAACAUAGACAAGGGUCUCCCUGGGCCCCAGGCUCUCUGAUACAGCUUUCUCGGAAAAACUUGCUAGGAGGGUUCAGUUUGACAUUGCCUUGAGAAAGCUGUAAAGAGUCAGGUGUGAAGGAAGCCUUUACACCCAGCACUCAGGAGGCAGAGGCAGGAGGAUCUGUGAGUUUGAGGCCAGCCUGGUCUAGAAUAGCAAGUCCCAAGCAGCCAAAGUUACACAGUGAGAGCCUGUCUUAAAAAACAAAAGCUGUGAAGAGAUAUUGAGAUUUAAUCUAACUACACCAGGAUGACUCAGUUCAUUUCAUUUCCUGCUCAGAUGUGACUCUCCUAAAUAUUUUAGCUUAGAAACUCUAGUUUGAGAAACCCCUCAGCUUGCACAGCAUAGCAAACUACCCAUGAAGGUGGCCUCCUCACACUGUGAUAGGAAUGUAAUUCAGACUACCAUGUUAAGUAAAUGAGUGAAUGUUGAAAUUAUUUUCCUUGUUUUGUUUACCCAAUUAGUAGAUUGCCACUGUUAAUUAUGUUUUGUACUUUCACCUUUUUAAAAAUAACUUAAUUAUAAUGGCUUAAUUUUAUUUUUUUAAAGCUUAUUGUGGUAUAAUAAGUAUUUUUCAGUAUAUUUUACUGAGCUUCUGUAAAUGGCAUCUCAGUGUAGUUUCAUGUCAUUAUUGAACAGAAACCAAAAUAAACUUCAGAUAUCAAAACA